CGAAGUCAAAUCAUCAGUUUCUUCUGUUUACAUCUGUCGUCGCUUUAUUGAUAAUGGCGUGCCCCUAUGUUGAUGACGUCUUGCGAAACUACAAAAUAGUUGAAGUCUUGGGGUCUGGAGAAUACGGCACAGCGUUUGCUUGCGUAGAUGCGGAUUCGCGUCACUCAACAUUGGCGCUGAAAGCUUCAAAUCUGGAAACAAUUUUCUGCGAAAACUGCUUUAAGCUGGAGAGAACAGUUCUUCAGCGGAUUUCAACUCUGGGUACAAACGAAAAGUCGCGAUUCCCAACUUUAGUCGAUAAUUUCGUCGUUGACUCCACUCUCGGAUGCCUUGUAAUGACUAAAGAGGGAGAUUCACUGGGAGAUGUUUGUAAGCGCAACGAUCCAAAGAAAUUUUCUCCGACCAAUGUUUUGAAAAUCAUGCUUUCCGUUGGUAAAUCUCUUCAAACUAUUCAUUCUCUUGGAUAUAUCCAUCGUGAUAUUCACUGGAAUAAUGUUUUAUUUGCCAAGACAAUCACACCGGCUUCCCCAUGCAAAUUGAUUGAUUAUGGGGUUGGAAAGAAAUUUCGUAAUCGUCGUGGAAAUUACGUGAAGAAUCGUCCUCAGCGAGAUGUCAAUUUUAAAGAAUGCGGUCACGUGUCUUGGAAUGUAAUGAUGGGAGGUGUGCCGAACUUGAAGGAUGACUUUUCUAGUUUGAUGUUUCUUGGAUUGAAAAUCAGUGGAAUUAGUAGUCUCGAAAUUGGCUCUGUCAGUGAAGUCCGCCAUCAGAAAAUGAUCUUUGAGCUUGACCCAUCUCGGUUUCUUCGUAGUGUUCCAUGGCUUUUGAAGGUGGCUUGUGUGAUCGUUGACAGUGAUGCAGAGAAGUUCAAUUACGCUGGAGUCUUUAACGCAAUCAAACAGGGAUUUCCAUUUGAUGAGGAGGAAAUCAUCAAUCAUUCUUACUUGCAAGGUUCUCUCAAAGUCUACUAGAAGAUAGCAAAAUUUGGUCCUAUUUGUGUGUAUUUGUGCGAUUAGAUGAUUUAUGAUUUUAUGAAAGAAAUGUCAGAUGA